UUCAAUUUUUCAAUUCUCUCUCUCUCUCUCUCUCUCUCUCUCUCUCUCUUUAGUCUUACCGUCUCUGCUUCUAGUUCUCUUGUUGAACACACUCUUAUGCUUGGUAGGUUGUGCCGUUGAAGUGAUGGGCCCUAAACUCCACUGAAGUUUAAUGGUAAGAACCAACCAAAGAGGUCUCUUUACCUCUUUCAGUGCUUCCCUUUUGCCCCCAAUUUCGCGCUGUCUCGCAUUUUAGGUUUUGCCCUCUUUUUAACUCAGAAGAUAAGAUUUAGGGCAUUUGAUUUGACUUCAUUCUUGUGGAGUUUCUGAUAUUCCACAUGGGUGUCGUUGAUCAUGUUGUGUGAUUGUAUUCCUUGAGUUCUUGCCUCAUAGUUGCAGAAACAUACUUCAAAUUUCAUUCUCAAAUCUCAAUUUUUCUUUUAAGUGAAAGUGAACUGGGAGAAGAAGAAGGGGUUUAUGGGGCUGGAUUCUCUCGAAUUUCGUGUUGGGUAUGGCGUUUGAGGGAUAAAGACUUGAUUUUGGAGGUGCAAGUGGUGGAGGUAUCCCUGUCCCUGAAGCAUAGGAGCCCAGAAAGAUGGACAGAGUUAUUCAACCUCCUUUGGUUGAUACAACUGCAUGUUUAUGCAGAGUAGAUACAGGCCUAAAAACUGUUGCUGGAGCGAAGAAGUAUGUCCCGGGAACAAAGCUCUGUCUUCGGCCUGACAUUAAACCAUCCAUUCACCCAACUAGGAACAAGCAGGCACGUGGUGACAGAAGCCGCAAUCAAUCCCCACUACUUCCAGGACUCCCUGAUGAUCUUGCUAUUGCUUGCCUAAUCAGAGUACCACGUGUUGAACACCGUAAACUCCGGCUAGUCUGUAAAAGAUGGUAUCGUCUUUUGGUUGGUAAUUUCUUUUACUCACUCCGCAAGAGUCUUGGAAUUGCGGAAGAGUGGAUAUAUGUCAUUAAGAGAGACCGAGAUGGGAAAAUCUCAUGGCAUGCUUUUGAUCCUGUGUACCAACUAUGGCAGCCCCUGCCUCCUGUUCCUAAGGAAUAUUCUGGGGCUCUUGGUUUUGGCUGUGCUGUUCUCAGUGGCUGUCACCUGUACUUGUUUGGUGGGAAGGACCCACUAAAGGGAUCCAUGAGACGUGUCAUUUUUUAUAGUGCUAGGACAAAUAAAUGGCACCGUGCCCCUGAUAUGCUUCGCAGGCGGCACUUCUUUGGCUCCUGCGUCAUAAACAAUUGUCUGUAUGUGGCUGGUGGGGAGAAUGAGGGUGUGCACCGGUCCUUGAGAUCAGCUGAAGUGUAUGAUCCCAACAAGAACCGAUGGUCAUUUAUUUCAGAUAUGAGCACUGCAAUGGUGCCUUUCAUAGGAGUUGUCUAUGAAGGGAAGUGGUUCUUGAAGGGACUUGGUUCUCAUCGGCAGGUUCUAAGUGAGGUCUACCAGCCGGAGAAUGAUAGCUGGUACCCUGUUCAUGAUGGAAUGGUUGCUGGCUGGAGGAACCCUUGCACUACCCUUAAUGGACAGCUCUAUGCCUUAGACUGCAAGGAUGGCUGCAAACUUAGGGUUUAUGAUGAGGUUGCUGAUUCAUGGAGCAAGCAUAUUGACAGCAAAAUGCAUUUGGGGAACUCGCGGGCUUUGGAGGCUGCUGCUCUUGUCCCCCUCAAUGGGAAACUCUGUAUCAUCCGGAAUAAUAUGAGCAUUUCUCUGGUUGAUGUUUCAAAACAUGAAGAUUUGAAAGGAUCGUCUGCUGAACAGCUAUGGGAAACUAUUGCAGGGAAAGGACAGUUCAAGACCUUGGUCACAAAUCUAUGGUCUAGCCUUGCUGGGAGAAACCGACUCAAAAGUCACAUAGUUCACUGUCAGGUUCUUCAAGCUUAGAAGUUGUAUAGUGAUGA